GAAAAUGGUAUGAAAAAUGUAACUAAUUCAAAAUAUGCAGUAUCAGAUAUUGGUUUAGAAUGUGCACAAGGAUGGGAAAAAUACAGGUCGAAAUGUUUUCGGGUUUAUACAAUUGAACGAUCAUGGCCACAGGCAUUAUUAUUUUGUUCCAGGUACGGAAGUCAACUUGCUCGUAUCGAAUCAUUCGGAGAAAAUAACUUUUUGCAUCGUUUAGUCAAUCGGCAGCAGAAAAUUCUUUCAAUAAAUCGUAAUGAAUUCUGGAUUGGUGUUGUUGCACAACAAACCGAAGAUGAAGAUGCAUAUUUUUUAUGGUCUGAUGGUACUGUAAUAUCACGUUAUGUUGGUUUUUGGAAUGAUGGACAACCAGAUUAUAGAGGUGGUACUUGUGCAAAGGUGUCGAUUACAAUAACUGGUGGAUUACGGUGGAGUUUAGAAAUGUGUAAUACAUUAUUACCAUUUGUAUGUGCAUUGCCUGCCUGUAUGAAAGGUUCAUUUUUCUGUCAAAAUGGUAAAUGUGUAUCACAUUCAGCUCAUUGUGAUGGUAUCAAUGAUUGCGGUGAUUACAGUGAUGAAUUUAAUUGUCCCGCAUCACCAAAAGUGAUCACAUGUUUGAAAUAUGAAAAAGGUGAAUCAGGCAAAAUACAAUCACCAAACUAUCCAUCACCAUAUAAUGCUAAUGCUAAUUGUCGUUGGGUUAUGGAAGGACCAAUCAAUUCACGGAUUCAUAUAACAUUUGACGCAUUUGAAACGGAAGAAUAUGGAGAUUUUGUUACAAUUUUGGAUGGUGGUCCAGCGGAAAAUUCAUCCGUUGUUAUAGCUAUUCUUUCCGGAUCAAAAAAACCUGAAACAUUAAUUUCAAGUACCAAUGUAAUGGUUGUCAGAUUUAGCAGUGAUGCACAAAUUCAGGCACGUGGAUUUGAAGCUAAUUGGAGAGCCGCAAGCGUGUCAUGUGGAGGUGUUUUAAAAGCUCAACCAUAUGGGCAAACAUUUAGUAGUCCAGAUUUUCCAAAGAAUUAUCCAAAUGGUGUGGAAUGUGUAUGGAAGAUUGAUGCUCAUCCAGGACAACUAAUUUCACUUGAUAUUGAAGAACUUGAUUUGGAAAAAGUUAAUGAUUUCUUACAAAUUUAUGAUGGUGGUACUCCAUUAGCACCAGUACUGGCACGUUUAACUGGAACAUUUGUGCAUCCACAAUUAAUCAUUUCAACCCAAUCACAAUUGUAUAUUUAUUUUUAUUCAAAUUUUGCUCGUAGUGGACGAGGAUUUAGCAUAACAUACAAGCGUGGAUGCUCAAAUCGAAUUCGUCUGGAUAAAGGAAUUAUAACAUCACCGGGUUAUACUCGAAUACCGUACCCAAAUUCUCAGAGAUGCGUUUAUACUGUAGAAUUACCAGAUAGAAACUCAGAACAACCAACAGCUUUUGCUAUUAAUAGUUUUGAUGUUGCAGAGGAUGAUCGUUUACAGAUGUUCGAGGAAAUUGAAGGCGGUCGAGCUUUACAUCCAGGAGAUGGCUUUUCCGCCAUUUCACGACCACCGAAAAGUAUUUUUGCUCAGACCGGAAUUGUUCAAAUUGUUUUUACUACUAAUUCGAUUAGGAAUGGUCUCGGAUGGAAUAUUACUUUUUCUACGAAUUGUCCACCACUGCAAACACCAAAACUUGUGUCACUAUCAACAAAAGCAUCAGCAUUUGGAACAAAAGUAACGGCAUCAUGUCCUCGUGGCUAUGAAUUUCGUACUGGACGUGGACAAAUGUUCGAUAUAACAUGUCAAUUAGGAGGAAAAUGGACUGAAGAUCAUAUUCCAGAUUGUCAACCGGUUUAUUGUUCGGCUGUUCCACAAAUUGCUAAUGGAUUUGCAUCAUCAGCAACGAAUGUUUCAUAUGGUGGAUCGGCAAAAUAUACAUGUUAUGAUGGUUUCGAUUUUUCAACCGGUAAAGAAUCAGGAGAAAUUUAUUGUACCGAUGAAGGACGAUGGACAUUAACACCAUCUUGUAAAGCAAUGACUUGUCCUGCAUUAGCACCAUUCUUAAAUGGUGAAAGAAUAUUAGAAUUUGGUGAUGGUACUGGUUACGGUACUGUAUUUCGAUUUGAAUGUGCUGCUGGAUUUCGUCGAAUCGGUGCUGCAACACUUUUAUGUCUCUCCACCGGCGAAUGGUCCUUUGCUCAACCAUACUGCAAAAAAUUAACAUGCACCCAUGUACCAUUAAUAGCUAAUGGUGUUGUUGUAACGGGUGAACGAUUCGAAUUUGGUGAUUUAGCACGAAUUGAAUGUCAACCAGGAUUUCGUACCGUUGGUGCGGAUUCCUUAAAAUGUCUUGCUAAUCAAACGCUCAGUGAUGUACCGGAAUGUCAAGAUAUUGAUGAAUGUGCUGAAGGAUCAGCUAUUUGUAGCAUUCAGAGUACAAAAUGUAUUAAUAUGCCGGGUGGUUAUCAUUGCCAAUGUCUUUCCGGAUUUCAAGCACAAUUAUCAUGUAAUACAGCAUCCGUUUUAAAUUCCCUUACUGCUGAGGGAAGUAGUGAAAUGGAUGGUUUUCGUGCGAAAGAUUAUGCAACAACUGGUUGGUGUGGAAAUCCUAAUGAUACCAAUCGAAAAAUUACGUUUGUUUUUGCGGUUCCAAAAGUUGUCGAACGUAUACGUAUCGAAAAAACUGCAAAUGGUGCAUAUCCAACUGUUAUCGGUUUGAAAUAUUCAAAUCGUACCGGUGUCCCAUUGAUACCAUUUGUUGCUGCUAAUAUUACUAAAUUGAUAACUCGAAAUGUUGCAAUUGUUGGUGGUGAAUUACUCGUUUUACCGCAAGCUAUUGAAGUUCGUGUAUUAGAACUUACAAUUGAAGAAUUUUUUAACAAUCCAUGCAUGAAAUUGGAUAUUCUUGGUUGUCAUAAAACAAAUUGUUUCGAUGUAAAUGAAUGUGAACAAAAUAAUGGUAAUUGUGAACAAAUAUGCAUUAAUUCACAAGGAUCAUAUCGUUGUGCAUGUGAAAUUGGUUUUGAUUUGCUUACUGAAGAUGGACAGGGUGGUGUACAUGUAAAGGAUGGUGAAACAGGCUUAAAUGCAUUAGAUGUUAUCCGAUAUAAUCAAACAUGUGUACCACGAAUAUGUGCUAAUUUAUCAUCACCAAAAAAUGGUUUACUUCUUUCAACUGCAAAAACAUUUCAUUAUCCAAUGGUUGUACAAUUUCAAUGUGAUUUUGCAUAUCAGAUGAUGGGUGCAAGCCAUUUGAAAUGUAUGCAAGAUGGUAGUUGGAAUGGUACAGCACCAUUUUGUCUUCCAGCAACAUGUCAAGGUGUGCGUAAUAAUUCUGCGAUUGGUUUAUUUGUUGCACCUGAAAAUAGCACCAUCGCAUAUGGACGUAAUGUUUCGAUUGUUUGCAGUCAACAAAAUCGACCAGCAAGUAGUUCACUAUUAUCAUCAUUCCGUCAGUGUAUUUAUGAUCCGCAAGAAGAUGGCCGAGAUUACUGGUUAUCAGGACCGGAAAUUGAUUGUCCAUUGGUGGACUGUGGUCCACCACCAUCACUUGCUGGUGCCAUUUACGAAGGCGACGAUUACUCUUACAAAGUAGGAUCAGCAUUUACAUUCAGUUGUAGACCACCGUAUAGUUUAAUCGGUAAAUCCAGUUAUGAUGAUCGGACUAUUCGAUGUAAUGUCGAUGGUAAUUGGGAUCUUGGCGAUUUGCGAUGUGAAGGACCUGUUUGCGUUGAUCCCGGCUUUCCGGAUGAUGGUCAAGUUCAACUGGAUUCGGUAGAAGAAGGUGCACAGGCAAAAUUUACCUGUAAUCGAGCUGGCUAUAAGCCAUUUCCGUCUGAUACGAUCAAUUGCACGCUUGGAACAGCUUGUGUCUUAGCGGAAGAUGUUGGAAUAUCAUCCGGUUUCAUUCCGGAUGGUGCUUUUGCUGAUAAUUCUGAUUCGACUACUUGGGGUUAUGAACCUCAUAAGGCUCGAUUAUCAUCUACUGGUUGGUGUGGUUCUAAAGAUGCAUUCAUCUUUCUUUCCGUAGAUUUACAACGUAUUUACACGCUGACAACAUUACGUAUGGCUGGCGUUGCUGGUAGUGGUCAUUUACGUGGUCAUAUUACCAAAAUGCAAUUAUUUUACAAAGUUCAAUACAGCCAAAAUUAUGACACAUAUCCAAUUGAAUUUGAAACACCAUCUGGAAAUCAUAAUGCAAUGCAUCAAUUUGAGCUAAAUCCACCACUACGAGCACGUUAUAUCCUUCUUGGUGUUACCGAAUAUGAGCAAAAUCCUUGCAUUCGUUUUGAUUUGCAAGGAUGUUUGGCACCACUUUCAGUUGCUCAUGAAAUUCCUUCUCAUUUACAGGUUGGUUGGAAUGCAUCUGUACCACAAUGUGUCGAUAAUGAACCACCAGCAUUCAAUAAUUGUCCAACAAAUCCGGUUUAUAUUUUAACAGAUGAUAAUGGACAACUUUUACCGGCUAUUUAUGAAGUACCUACAGCAGCUGAUAAUUCUGGUUCAGUAGCAUAUAUACGUGUAACACCGGAUGGUUUUGAACCACCAAAAAUGAUUACACAUGAUAUGGAUAUUAUUUAUGCAGCAUUUGAUGAUGCUGGUAAUGAAGCGGAAUGUGUUGUACAACUUCGAAUACCUGAUACGCAACCACCGGUAAUGAAAUGUCCUGAUUCAUAUAUUGUUCCGGCUAAUGAAGGAGAAUUUGAAAAAUUAAUUACAUUUAACGAGAGUACAGUACAAAUGGUAAUUCAGGAUACCUCAAAUAUUACGGAUGUAACAUUUGAGCCAUCAGAAGCUUUACUCAUCCUUAGUUCACAUGUUACAGUUGAAGUUACUGCUACUGAUAGUGCAUCAAAUCGGAAUAAAUGCAAAUUUCAAGUAUCUCUUCAAGCAAAACCAUGUUCACCAUGGUCAUUGAUCGGAGAAGAAAGUGUUGAAAAAGAAUGUCAAAUACAAGAUACCACAACUAUUUGUACUGCUAAAUGUGCUCGAAAAUUUACGUUUGUUAAUGUAAAGAAUGCUACACAACAAUUCACAUGUACCAAUGGUAUCUGGUCACCAUCAAAUGUGGUACCAGCAUGUGUACCGGUUGCUUUAGAACCAGCACGUUAUGAAUUAACUGUCAGUAUUCAUUAUGCUGUUUCUACUCCUGUCGGUAGUGAUUGUCUUAAGAAUGCUACACAACAAUUCACAUGUACCAAUGGUAUCUGGUCACCAUCAAAUGUGGUACCAGCAUGUGUACCGGUUGCUUUAGAACCAGCACGUUAUGAAUUAACUGUCAGUAUUCAUUAUGCUGUUUCUACUCCUGUCGGUAGUGAUUGUCUUAAGGGUUAUUCGGAAUAUAUUAGUACAUUCUUUAAUACAUUGGAUACAACCUUAUCACAACGUUGUUCAUCAUCAAUUGAAGUAUUUGUGCGUUUCUUGGAUGUUAAAUUCGUUAAUACAAUGAAUGGUGUCAUAGCUAAUUAUACUAUUCAAAUACUUCCAACUGUUUUACAAGAUGUUUUCUAUGAAUUAUGUGGUUUAACAUUGCGAACAAUUUUUGAUUUACGAAUACCAGGUGCUACUACACCCAUUCAAAAUCUUCUUUAUGUUAAUGGUGAAACAAUUGCAACACAAUCAGUUGGUUGUCCAUCGAUGAAUGCAACAAAAACAAUUGUUGUUCAGGGUUUCGGAUGUUUGGAUGGUGAAAUUCUACGAGAAGGCAAUACGGAAACACUUCCUGAAUGUUUACAAUGUCCAAAAGGAACGGUUCAUAUCAAUAACACUUGUGAAUUAUGUCCUGCCGGAAGUUAUCAGGAUGAAGUAGCACAAAUAACCUGUAAGCCAUGUCCGGAACAAACUUUCACACAAUUUCCGGGUUCUCAAACAUUUAAUGCUUGUCUUCCUGUUUGUGGAAAUGGUAUGUAUAGUGAAACUGGCUUAAUUCCUUGUCAACUAUGUCCUCGACAUACUUUUGCUGGUCCUUCAAUAUUUGGUGGCUAUAAACAAUGUGAACCAUGUCCACAGGGGUCAUAUACGGCAAAAUUAGGAUCUACUGGUCCAUCACAGUGCAAACUUCCCUGUCCAGUAGGUCAUUUCUCAUUAACAGGUUUAGAACCAUGCUCACCAUGCCCUAUCAAUUGGUAUCAACCUGUGCUUGGACAACAAAGAUGUAUAGAAUGUCCGAAUAAUACGAUAACACGAGAUGCGGGUACGGUAGAAGCAACAGAUUGUAUGCCAGUUGAUUGUUCAGCUGUGAAAUGUGAAAAUAAGGGUACCUGUAUGGUGGAAAAUCAUAAAGCUCUUUGCUUUUGCCGACCCGGAUAUACCGGUAAAUAUUGUGAAGAACAAAUGCCCUUAUGUAAUACACAACCAUGCUUUAAUGAAGGAAUUUGUGAAGCUGCAGCUGGUACAUUUCGUUGUAUAUGUGCACAAAAUUAUACGGGAAGCAGAUGUCAAUUUGGUCCAGAUGAAUGUAUCGGAAUGAGUUGUCCAAAUGGAGGUGUAUGUCAUGAUUUACCUGGAUUAGGAACAACAAAAUAUUAUACGGGAAGCAGAUGUCAAUUUGGUCCAGAUGAAUGUAUCGGAAUGAGUUGUCCAAAUGGAGGUGUAUGUCAUGAUUUACCUGGAUUAGGAACAACAAAAUGUAUUUGUAGAACCGGAUUUACUGGUCCGGAUUGUUCACAAAUUGUUGAUCCAUGUUUUAUGGAUAAUCCAUGCAAACAUGGUGCUGAUUGUGUCCCAUUACAAUUGGGACGAUUCAAAUGCAAAUGUUUACCAGGAUGGACUGGACCAACAUGUGCUAUCAAUAUUGAUGAUUGUGCAGAUAAUCCAUGUGCAAUGAAUGCAACAUGCACUGAUCUUGUUAAUGAUUUUCGUUGUGAAUGUCCAGCAGGAUUUACCGGUAAACGAUGUCAUGAAAAACUUAACCUUUGCGCACAAAAUCCAUGCAUUAAUGGAUUAUGUGUUGAUAUGUUACAUACACAACGUUGUAUAUGUGAACCAGGAUGGAGUGGUGAAAUUUGUGAUAUUAAAAUUGAUCAAUGCGCUUCACAUCCAUGUAUAAAUGGUGCUACAUGUAAAGAUCAGAUUGACGGUUUCAUUUGUCAAUGUGCGCCAGGAUUUCAUGGUUUUCUCUGCCAACAUAUGACCGAUCAUUGCGCCACAUCACCAUGCAGAAAUAAUGCGACAUGUGUAAAUCAGGGAGCACAAUAUAUGUGUGAAUGUUCAUUAGGUUUUGAAGGUGCGCAUUGUGAGCACAAUAGAAAUGAAUGUGAUUUAUUACAUAAGUGCUCCCAAGAAGGUACCGAACUCUGUGAAGAUUUCAUUAAUGGCUAUAAAUGUCACUGUCGUCAUGGAUAUACUGGAGAAUUAUGCGAAAUUCAUAUUGAUCAAUGUGCAUCUGAACCAUGUCUUAAUAAUGGUACAUGUGUUGAUACCGGUUCUCAGUUCCGAUGUGAUUGUCCACGUGGCUGGAAAGGUAAUAAAUGUGAGGAAGAGGAUGGAUUAUGUUCAUUAAAUCCAUGCCAUAAUGGUGCACAUUGUGUUAAUCUUGUCGGUGAUUAUUUCUGUGUUUGUCCGGAAGGUGUUAGCGGGAAAGAUUGCGAGAUUGCACCAAAUCGUUGCCUGGGUGAACCAUGUCAUAAUGGUGGUGUUUGCGGUGAUUUUGGUUCACAUUUGGAGUGCACCUGUCCAAAAGAUUUCAUCGGUGCUGGCUGUCAGUACGAAUUAGAUGCAUGUCAAGAAGGCGUAUGUCAAAAUGAUGCUGUUUGUGAAUUACUUGAAGAUGGCAAUUACAGAUGCAUCUGUGAACCAGGAUUUACCGGACAAAAUUGUGAAACAAACAUUAAUGAUUGUUCACCUUCGCCAUGCCCUCUUGCAGCAACCUGUAUCGAUCAGGUUGGUGGUUUCUUCUGCCAAUGCCCGUUUAAUAUGACCGGUUUGAAUUGCGACAAGGUUAUUGAUGAAGAUUAUGAUUUCCAUUUUUAUGAUCCAAUAUUGCCUGCUGCAGCAGCAUUAUCGGUUCCAUUCAAAUUUACAUCAUCUGCUUUUACCAUUUCGCUUUGGGUCAAAUUUGAUGUACCAUUAACGCGUGGAACUGUUUUAACCCUAUAUAAUAGCAGAGAAAGUAAUUAUCCAUCAAAAAUAAGCGAAUUAUUGCGCAUAUCAGCUGACAAUAUACAUUUGAAUCUUUUACACGAUGAAACACCAUUAAAUCUUCACUUUCCACCAACUCAACGACUAAAUGAUGGUAAUUGGAAUAACUUAGUGAUAACAUGGCAAUCAACUGGUGGUUCUUAUUCGUUGAUCUGGAAUGCUGUCCGGAUUUAUGCUGAUAUUGGCUAUGGUACUGGCAAAAUUUUAGACAUAAAUGCGUGGAUAUCACUUGGUGAACCAAUAAAUGAAUUUUCAAGUGAGCCAAAAUUUGUUGGAUCAAUAACACGAGUAAAUAUUUGGCAGCGUGCAAUCGAUUUUGAAGCUGAAAUUCCCUCAAUUGUUCAUCAGUGUCAACUACAACAGGUUAUCUAUGAUGAUCUUAUCUUACGUUUUGCUGGUUAUACAAGACUUUCUGGAAAAGUUGAAAAAGUGGUGAAAAGUACUUGUGGACGAGAUUAUAGCCAUCAGCCUGCUAAAAAAAUAGAAGUUCUUGGUUGUCCAUCAGAUAUUUUUAUCAUCUCAUAUCAAAAAGAGGUAAAUAUCACCUGGCAAGAACCAAUAUUUACAUCAAUGAAUGGAUAUGUGGAGGUUAAAAGAAAUCUAAAAUCAGGACAAGUGUUUACGUGGGGAGAAUAUCUUGUGGUUUAUCUUGCCAAAGACAGUUAUUCCAUGGCUGAAUGCGUCUUUAAGAUCCAUGUAUCGCGUGAAUUUUGUCCAUCAUUGCAAGAUCCAUUACAUGGUGUCCAAGCUUGUGAAUCAUGGGGUCCACAAUUACGUUAUAAGGCCUGUUCAAUUGAAUGUGAAAAUGGUUAUGAGUUUAGCAUUGAACCACCACUUUUUUACACCUGUUCUUCAGAUGGUCAAUGGAGACCACGACCUGUGAAUGCUUAUACGUUCCGUUAUCCGCAAUGUACUAAGGCACAUCCUGCUAUACGAGUCGCUGAAGUAUCCAUCAAUUAUCCAACCAUAUCAAUAUGCAAUGCAGCAGGUCGAAAUACAUUAGCUGAAAGACUUUCUCAACGAAUUGAAUUAUUGAAUAGCAAAUGGAACAUCUAUUCGAUCAGUAACAUGAGUGACCAUUCAAUGUUCAACAUAUCAGUACAAUGCUUUGCUGGUAAUGAAGAAACCACCGUGACAGCAAUGGAUACAACUAUGAGAUUACGUCGUGAGGCACAAAGCUUUUUCAACGUGAAAGUUUCUAUACCCAUCACAAAUGAUGUUUUGGAGAAUCGCAAAACCGGACAACGAGCAAAAGUAUCAGAUGUACUGGAGAAUGAAAUUCUAUUGGAAGACAUAUUUAGUUUGGAACAGGUGAUUCCUAACGGUCGACCGGAUUUGAAUAGUUUCGAGUUGAAAGAACGAUAUAUAUGUGAAGUGGGAACUGUUAAUGUCCGUAAUCUAUGCGUACCUUGUGCACCGGGCUCAUUUUAUGAUUCGACAACACGCACUUGCAAAUUAUGCAUGACAGAUGAAUAUCAACCUCGUGCAGCACAGAACACUUGCUUACCAUGUCCUCGAGGACAUAUUACAACUGCUCCUGGUUCAGCACUUUUAACAGAUUGUAAAAAUGCAUGCGAAGCUGGUUCAAUGUUCAAUAUUAGUAGUGGUUCCUGUGAACCGUGUGGUUUUGGCUUUUAUCAACCAACAUCGGGAGCUUUUAGUUGUAUUCCUUGUGGCGUUGGAAAAACAACACUGAAAGAAACAUCAACAGCUGAAGAUGAAUGUCGUGAUGAAUGUCCCGAUGGUGAGCAUUUAACACAAGUUGGUAUCUGUCUACCAUGUCCACAAGGAACCUAUCGUACACGUGGUGUCCACAAAAGUUGUGUCGAUUGUCCACCGGGUACCACUACCGAAGGAACUGCAUCUGUUCGUCGUAUGCAAUGCAAUACGCCAAAAUGUUCCGCGGGACAGUUUCUUGUCACUACCACCAAACAAUGUCAAUUCUGUCCUCGAGGAACAUUCCAGGAUGAAGAAAUCCAAACUGUCUGCAAACUUUGUCCUCCUGAUCAUACCACUGCCGCUCAGGGCGCAACACAAGCAAGUCAAUGUUACUCAACAAACCAAUGUGCUACUGGUGAAGAUAACUGUUCAUGGCAUGCAGUUUGCAUCGAUCUACCUGAUGAUAAUGAUAUUCCAUCUUAUCAGUGCAAGUGUAAACCGGGUUAUAAGGGAAAUGGAACACAUUGCCAAGAUGCCUGUAAUAACUUUUGUCUUAAUGAUGGUACUUGUAAGAAGAAUCCAAUUGGUUACGUGGAAUGUAUCUGUAAAGAGAAUUUCUCAGGCGAUCGUUGCGAGGUUCGCUUCCAAGCCCGAACACAGAAAGUAGCUCUUAUCACAGCUGGUAUUGGUGGUGUGGUAACCAUUCUUGUUAUCAUCGUUAUUAUCAUUUGGAUGAUAUCAUACCGAUUUAAUCGAGUUGAAGAAUCAUCGCAACCGGAAAAAUGUCCGGUUGAAGAAAAUACUCAUACUAAUUUCCUAUAUGGGCGGGUUCCAAGUGAACAACCAAGGUUGAAAGUAGCUCUUAUCACAGCUGGUAUUGGUGGUGUGGUAACCAUUCUUGUUAUCAUCGUUAUUAUCAUUUGGAUGAUAUCAUACCGAUUUAAUCGAGUUGAAGAAUCAUCGCAACCGGAAAAAUGUCCGGUUGAAGAAAAUACUCAUACUAAUUUCCUAUAUGGGCGGGUUCCAAGUGAACAACCAAGGCCAAUAGGUUAUUAUUAUGAAGAUGAUGAUGAGUAUGACAUGAAAACGAUGUUUGUGGGUGAAGAAGAGAAGGAAAUGGCGGAAAGAGUACGGCAUGCUCAGGCGCAUAUGUAUACGCCAUCGAAUAAUAGGCUUGAUUAA